CUGGAUUGUAAGUACCCGAGGCGAAGAGAGCUCACUGCGCCCCGCUUUUUGAAUAACUUUGUUCCGGGAAAGUUUGUGGAUUGGGAGUGACUGCUGGACCUUAACUUUCUGUGCCGAAAAUCAUUCCGCAGGAGCCGCCAUUUGCUUUCCUGCUCGCUAGCUUGCUAGCUCUCUCGGCGUUGUCCGGCAGCGGCACCUAGAGGUUGGAACUUGGCAUUGAAUCUACUGUAUUGAAUGAACUUGACUCUGAAUAAGCCAUUGUGUCAGUAACGACUGGUACUUAAGUCACAGCAUAUUUAGAGAAAAGACUUGGGGCUUAAUUCAGAAUUAAGACAAAAAUAGACGCUUAACUGCUGUUCUGCUUAGAACGCCUUGUAAUUAGAGGUUUCUAUUCGUAACAAACUGGUCUUUAUAAACUGUUGCAGUAGCUGGAACUUUCUAGUGCAACAAGUGUUUAUUAAGAGAAGAAGUGAGUCACAAAGAAAUCAAGAUGAGUAAGAGCAAAGAUGAUGCUCCUCAUGAGCUAGAGAGCCAGUUUAUCUUACGCCUACCUCCAGAAUAUGCCUCUACUGUGAGGAGGGCAGUACAGUCUGGCCAUGUCAACCUGAAGGACAGACUGACAAUUGAGUUACACCCUGACGGACGUCAUGGAAUUGUCAGAGUGGACCGGGUCCCAUUGGCCGCCAAGUUGGUAGAUCUGCCCUGUGUUAUGGAAAGCUUGAAAACCAUUGAUAAAAAAACCUUUUACAAGACGGCUGAUAUCAGCCAGAUGCUUGUAGCUACGGUUGAUGGUGAUCUGUAUCCUCCUGUGGAAGAGCCAGUUGCUAGUGCCGAUCCCAAAGCAAGCAAGAAAAAGGAUAAGGACAAAGAGAAAAAGUUUGUCUGGAACCACGGAAUUACUCUGCCUCUAAAAAAUGUCAGAAAAAGAAGGUUCCGGAAGACAGCAAAGAAGAAAUAUAUUGAAUCUCCAGAUGUGGAAAAAGAAGUGAAACGGUUGCUGAGUACAGAUGCUGAAGCUGUCAGUACUCGCUGGGAAAUAAUUGCUGAAGAUGAAACAAAAGAAACAGAAAAUCAAGGCCUUGAUAUCUCUUCUCCAGGAAUGUCUGGUCACAGGCAGGGCCAUGACUCAUUAGAACAUGAUGAGCUUCGGGAGAUAUUCAAUGACCUCAGCAGCAGCAGUGAAGAUGAAGAUGAGACACAGCAUCAAGAUGAAGAAGAUAUAAACAUCAUUGACACUGAGGAAGAUCUGGAGAGACAGCUGCAAGACAAGCUAAAUACAUCAGAUGAACAGCACCAAGAAAAUGAAGGAACCAAUCAGUUGGUUAUGGGAAUUCAGAAACAAAUUGAUAACAUGAAAGGCAAGCUCCAAGAGACCCAGGACAGGGCAAAACGACAGGAGGAUCUCAUCAUGAAAGUGGAAAAUCUGGCUCUCAAGAGCAGAUUUCAGGCUGUGCUGGAUGAACUCAAGCAAAAGGAAGACCGAGAAAAGGAGCAGCUUAGCUCUUUGCAAGAAGAGCUAGAAUCACUCCUAGAGAAGUGAGAAGAAUUUUUAUACUUAAUUUCAAUCCUUAGACUAGUCACCGUUAGAAAAACCUUGCUUCAUCAUUUGGCCUGGAUAUUAAGGCCUUGCAGUAGUUCCCAUUCCCUCUACUGCUGGAUGUUCUGUUGAAUUAUCUCCUUUGUUUUUAAUUUUGUUUUCAGCAAAAUCUCAUUUGUUAGUUCAUCCUACAAGAAGUAGGAUUGUAUUUGCAGAAAAGUGAUUGUAGGAAAGUUAGAGGAUUAGUGGAGUGAAUAGUUCAAUCUCAAUAAUCACAGCUUCACUGUAGGACUUUGCUACCGUUUCUCCAUGUGUUAGAAGCUGCUAUUACUGCAGUGAUGCCAUCUAAGAUCAAUAAGAAGAACCUAGUCUGGAGGCAGUGAAGCUAGUUUGCAUAUAUUUUUCCAUGCAAUAGCUAUUUUUCCAGCUAUUCAAAGCAAUUUCCCAAACGUAGAGAUGCAAAGCGUUUCAUAGAGUUGUUUCUAACAGCAAAUAAAAGCAGCUAAUUUUCACCUUAA